GUCAACACAAUCUUACAAAAUUUAAGAAGCGCACCCAUUGUAUCCGCUGCAAUCUUGAACCAACGCAAAUCACCAAAACAUGGUCAUGCUCCGCUUCGCAACCCUUCUGGCUAGCGCAGCGGCCAUCCUCUUGUCGACCGCUGAGCUUGUUCAUGCCGAAAUCAAGGGUUGUCCUUACAGCUACAGCGUCUGUGGUUGGGAUCUUAUCAAAAGUGGUACAACCGAACAAGACCUCAUCGCCAUCCUCCAAAGCUACAAGCAGCCAACUGACCCCUCACAUAUCUAUGAUUCUCUCUACGUUUGCUUCAAGCAGGGUCAAGUUGGAUGGGAUAAAUGGUGUGGAGGACCGUACAAAUGCGGAACGAUGAAGUUCCCGCCUUUUGGUACUUGUCUGUAGAGUUGAGGAAGGGAGUUUGCUUGGACGGGACUGAGUUGGUUGACUGUUGACGACUACCUAGACAAUUCCCAAUCUCAGAGUGACAGCAGCCUUGAUAAACUCUUUCUCUACCAUACACAAUCACAUACGACCAUACCC